GUGCUGGUGAGUCGGGGAAGAGCACAAUAGUCAAGCAGAUGAAGUGAGUCUCUGUUCCUUCCAUUCUUCCAAAUGCCACACAAUCAAAACAAAGCAUUGUUUUUGCCCUUCUGUGGGGACAGUUCUCAGAAAUGAGUCAUUGUUAUUGUCCUAGUGCCCCAUUCAAUUCAGAUGGUGUAAACAUUGUUACCUGGAUAGUGUUGUUGUUAUCAAUGUUCAUUUUUUCCCCUGUCAUUUUAUGAGGGAAGGGUUGCCAUGGGGUGGGGGUUAUUGGUCUGGUAUUUUUCUGUCUUAUUAUUUGAUGUUAAUAAAAAUGAACAUAACAUGUUCUCAAAAACAGAAAGUGUUGUUGUGUUGCUCCAUGUUCCUCAUGGUGACUGACUGUGUUGUGUUGCUCCAUGUUCCUCAUGGUGACUGACUGUGUUGUUGUCCUUCUUCCUGUGUGUCAGGAUCAUCCACGAGGCAGGCUACUCGGAGGAGGAGUGUAAACAGUACAGGGCUGUGGUCUACAGCAACACCAUCCAGUCCAUCAUCGCCAUCAUCAGAGCCAUGGGACGACUCAAGAUCGACUUUGGAGACGCAGCCAGAGCCGUGAGUGGGCUAGAGUUGAUGAUGAUGAUAAUGAUAAUGGAUUGCAUUUAUCAAAGCCCUCUGACUAAAACUAUUAUCACCUAACACACCCGAUCAUGUUCAAUACUAUUGAUGACAUGGCAGUAUUAUUAAUGCUAUUGAUGGUGAUGAUGGUAGGGAUGAUUUUGACAGUAUAACUGAUAUUGAUGAUUUGAUGAUAAUGGUGAUGAUUUCAAUGAUAGUAGUGAUGGUAGUGCUGGCAGUAAUGAUUGUGAUCAUAGUGUUGAUAGGGAUGGUUGUACUGACAGACUGCUCUCUCCCAGGAUGAUGCGAGACAGCUGUUUGUGCUGGCAGGGUCGGCAGAGGAAGGCUUCAUGACGGCAGAGCUGGCCGGGGUCAUCAAACGCCUGUGGAAGGACAGAGGGGUACAGGCCUGCUUCAGCCGCUCACGAGAGUACCAGCUCAACGACUCGGCAGCAUAGUGAGUCACACACACACACACACACACACACCACCUUGUCCUGCUCACACAGUCUGCUCAGCUUGGUCUGAAACACAUACAACCAGCUCCUGCGGUUCCUCUUCCACCCUAAUUCUCUUCUGCUGGAGGUAAAUCAAUUCUCAUUCCUCUGCAAUAUCUGAAAUAACCAAAGGCCUUGAGCGGUCCAUUUAUUACAGAUGCACCCACCCACUCUCUGGCAGACAUGUCUCUACUGCCUACAGUCCAGUCCACUGACUGUUACAAUACUUGGUGUUUGAACCUUGAGUCAAUAUUUGUGUGGGAGUGUCACCCCUGUAGCAAGACUGUAACACACAGGCUGCAGUGUGUCUGCCGAGUCUUUGACCUUAACCAUUUAGUGCAUGUAGCUGUCUAACAGCAGAUUGCCAGGGUUGUUGUGUUUACCAAACCCUGGUAGAAAACAAACCACUGACACUAGCGCUAGAAAGCAUGUCCAAAUCCCUUUCAGUCAGUGGGCAGUGUUUGAGCUCUAAACCCCCUCGGUUCAGUUGUUUUUUCUGAAGUGGUUGUUCUUUUUUCGUACGCAUUGUGCAAGAACCUUUCCAUUAGCCAGUGAAGUCACCAGAGGGGCAGCCCCUGCGGUGUGUCAUGAGAAACCCCUCCACCUUGUUUUGGAACAGAACAGACGUCACUGAUUGGCUCUCUGGCCUCUGGUGCCGCAGCUGCUCUCCAUUUCCAAAUAAAUACCCAGAAUCCUUUUGGCCAAGGCUACCUCACACACACACAGACCAGCGUCACAUGGUCACGUAGCCUCCCGACGGGCCUCAACAGCUAGGCUGCUGACCCCGAUCUCUGCUGUUUGUUUGGGUUGAAACACCAGUGCUGCUGAGUCGUGUGUAAUUGCUGGUGCCGUAAUCUUUUGGAAGAUAAAUAUGGGGGGGGGGGGGCAGUGUGUGUGUGUGUGUGUCCCCACUCCGGACCCAUGUCCCGGGUGUCUCUGUCUGUUUGGGUCCUGACUCCAAACAAGUCCAGAACUGUGGACAAUUUGUGGACAGACUGGCUUAGUGGGACCUUACAUAGCUGGAAGAGACUGGGCAGGCUGGGAUAGAGUAAUGGAUAUAGCCCAGGUGGAGCGGAUGAUGGCUUUUCACCACGAUCAUUUAUAGCCUGUCUCCUUUUUAUCUACGCAGUCUCAUAACCUGGACUGUCUGGGCAUUCUGAGGCAACAAGAGGAGCACUGAUAGUUGGGAGAGAGUGGAAAUAAUGUCACUUGUUGUUCUCAGUUCAAGAUGUAGAAGCAGACAUGGUUCAUGGCCAAACAAGAUAUGUUUAUUAUUUGAAUAGCUAUUGUCCUAUUGUUCCAUUGAAAUAUGUAUAUUGGAUGCAUUGACUCCCAUCUGAACUCUCUCUCUCCCCAUUCUCCAGUUACUUAAACGAUUUGGACAGGAUAUCCCAAGCUACCUAUAUCCCGACCCAGCAGGAUGUCCUGAGGACCAGAGUCAAAACCACAGGCAUUGUGGAGACACACUUCACCUUCAAGGACCUCCACUUUAAGUGAGCACUUCCUCCAAAUCCCUUUUUAAGUGUAGUCAAAUAUCAUACGUUAAAUAGGAUGACUCAAUCUACUUCCCUACUGUGCAUAUUGAAUCUCUCAAACCCAUAGAAAUGUCCUUAGUCCAGUGGUUUCAUUGUGACUGGAUGACAGAGCUGACCAUACGACAUCAGCAGUGAAUCAUAUCUGUUCUAGUCUUCAAUUGGCUGAUGCCAGAGAGGAAAGGGAAACGGUUGGCUCACUGGUCAAUACCCAUAUUUGCAGUGUUGGGGACUAAAUUACACAUUCUGGUAGCAUAUGACCCCAAAGUGAUAUGUUCUUGCAAUUUGUAGUCUAUGACAUUUCAGAUUUACAUAUGAUACAUUUUCACGGAGUAGUUACUUUUUCAAAGUAACUUUAUUUAAGUAAACUAUAUUUUCCUUAAGGGUAGCAUUAGUGUAGCUUAACUUCUUCCAGUGUGAAGUAAUUGGAAGCUUGGUAAACUAUAUUUUCAGAGUAGCUUCCCCAACACUGCACAUUUGGCUGUUUUCUCACGGCUGUCCCCCACACCACGUCCAAUCGGGUAUCAAGCCCUUUAAAAAUGCUCGUUCUCAUCAGUUUGUUCAGCCAAGCCACUCAGUGCAACUCAGCAGAGAGAACUAUGUGGAGCCAUUCCAACGCAAACCAUAUCUGAGUACAUUAGAGCCCCACAGCCCUCUGUGUGCCUAUGGGUGGAAACUGGCUCACAAAGCAGGUGACCUUGGGUUGACUUAAUGGGAUAUACAGCUCAAAGUGCACAUUUGUAAGGAUAUAAAAAAUAAUAUGUUCUUUUAAAAUACAAAAACGUUGAAAGUAACUAAGUUUCAUACCCUCCCUUCUAAAUAUUUUAUUCUGUGUUGAGCAUUUCUACUGUAUACCAUCUCUCCACAACACAGAAAAGCCUCCACAAAAAGAAAAGUUCAUGUAUUCUCUCUCAUUUCUACCUGGUGGCCUGUUUAACCAACUAACACUUAAACCCAAAGCCUCAGGCCACAGAUGUACAUUUUCCCUAGUGGCCAAUGUCCAAUAAAGUUGUUUGUGUUGUGUGCUACGUGCCUGGAAACAUGCUCCGUUUACAUUGUCUGGUGCAUUAUCCGCCACUUAUUCCUCAGGAUGUUUGAUGUUGGAGGUCAGAGGUCAGAGAGGAAGAAGUGGAUCCACUGCUUCGAGGGCGUCACUGCCAUCAUCUUCUGUGUGGCGCUCAGCGACUAUGACCUGGUGCUGGCUGAGGAUGAGGAGAUGGUGAGUUCCUGUCCAACCAUGGACAUUAAAUAAGAGUACAUGUAUAUCUGUAUGAAACCAGUCCUGAACAAAAAAAUGUGUUCUCAAUAGAAUAUUUACAUUGAACAUGCAUUUUAGUCCUGGACUAAGAUUACCUCUGGGUCUGUGAAACUGUUUCUGGGUAUAUCUCGAUAGUCUAAAGAGGCUUUCUCUCCUCAACUCCUUUCCUUUUUCUGCAUUGAUCUGAAAACAUAGGAUAAAGCAAAAAUGGUGGACGUCCUAGCAGGUGUUUGCUUUCAGCUGUGCCGUUUUUCCAGAUCAGUGCAGAUGAAGGCCUGUAGCUCAAAGCCCCACAAAAAACCAUUGUUCAAUGUUGCAGUCUUCUCUCCCCAGAACCGGAUGCAUGAGAGCAUGAAGCUGUUUGACUCCAUCUGUAACAACAAGUGGUUCACAGACACCUCCAUCAUCCUCUUCCUCAACAAGAAGGACCUGUUUGAGGAGAAGAUCAAGAAGAGUCCUCUAACUAUAUGUUACCCAGAAUACGCAGGUACAGUAACAGCCAGCCAGCCAUGGUAGACUGUCUAUAGAAUGAUUGGGAAGAACUGUGUGAUGUAUGAAUGGAGUUGUUUGUAUAUUUUCUGUGAUUUCUUUGUCAUUUGCACACCUGAACAAAUAUAAUUGAAUGUCUACAUGAGUGGAAAGAGGAUCUCAAAUAAACCUAUAGCUCUGGAAAUAUACUGUAGUUACUGAACAUAUGGAGAUGGUAUGUUUCACAGCAUCGGUGUUGUGACAGGAAACGUUCAACAGACAUUAGUCACUUCUACCUUUUAAAGAGACCAAUGAGAACAAAACAAAUAGCGGAAAGCCAAGAGGCAGGAUACAGUGUUUCUCUGUCACCUAUUCCUCCAUAAUACCACAGGGGGAAUCCCAUUUCAACACAAUUCCCAUGAGGUCACUUCCUGUGGAAUUCUGUUGUCUAAACUGGGGGAGAAUAACAAAUUGAUGUUUGUGUCUCAUAGUUGGUUCACUGUUUUAUUUUGUAUGGAUGGCAAAUAUGUUUGUUGUAUAUGUACGGUCUUAACUAUGGGACGAAUUCUAACUUGCACUUCAGUUGAAUUCUCACUUAGCCUCCUAUUGACAUAUAUUCAUGACUUCGUGAGAAUGACUGAAGUAGAUGUUGAGAUUCCCCCCUUAUGAGGAAAAUCAUGAGAAAUGUGGUGUUUUUCUUGUCUUGCGGCCAGGCUCCAACACGUACGAGGAGGCUGCGGCCUACAUCCAGUGUCAGUUUGAGGACCUGAACAAGAGGAAGGACACCAAGGAGAUCUACACCCACUUCACCUGCGCCACCGACACCAAGAACGUGCAGUUUGUCUUCGACGCCGUCACUGACGUCAUCAUCAAGAACAACCUGAAGGACUGUGGACUCUUC